AUGAGUUCAAAAAAUUUAAGUAUGUUUUCUUAUGAAACUUUAGUUCAUGCUAUUUCAGGUUCUGCGGGAAGUGUUUUUGCUAUGACAGUUUUUUACCCCUUGGACACCAUCAGAUCAAGACUUCAAAUCGAAGAUCGAGAAUCUAAAAGUACAUUAUCUGUGUUAUUAGAAUUAGCCAAAGAAGAAGGAAUUGAAACUUUAUAUAGAGGUAUAAUUCCUGUCCUGAAAAGUUUAUGCGCUUCAAAUUUUAUUUAUUUCUAUACAUUCCACGGUUUAAAACAGUUAAAUGGAGGAAAAAAUGGUCAAAAUGCGACUAAAGAUUUACUUAUAGCAGCUCUUGCCGGUGUUGUUAACGUUUUAACAACCACUCCACUUUGGGUCGUUAAUACAAGACUAAAAAUGAAAGGGAUUAAAAAUCAUAAACAAAAUAAUUAUGAUGGAUUAUUAGAUGGAUUAUUAAAAAUAAAAAAAGAAGAAGGGAUAAAAGCACUUUGGAAUGGCACAAUUCCAUCAUUGUUUCUCGUCGCCAAUCCCACAAUUCAAUUUGUCAUAUAUGAAGCUGUGAAAAGAGAACUUCAUAAAAUUUAUCCGGAAAAAAAAUUUGGUGCUUUUAUAUUUUUCCUUAUUGGAGCUUUUUCAAAAGCUGUCGCUACUGUCAUGACUUAUCCCAUUCAAUUACUACAAACCAAAUUAAGACAUGGACAUACUUAUCAGGAUUUGCGAAAAAAUGCGGGAAUGAAUGAAGUGGCGGCAUAUAUUUUAAGAAAAUAUGGCUUAAGUGGAUUAUUUAAAGGCAUGGAAGUUAAAAUACUUCAAACAGUACUUACUGCGGCUUUAAUGUUUACCACAUAUGAAAAAAUUACACAGUUUGUAUUUCAUUUAAUGAAAACUAAAUAA